AUGGAGCUCCGACGAGAAAUACGAGAAACGAUCCGCAUAGAAAUGCAACAAAUGCAAUCCACUCUGCAAUUCUACUCGGAUAAGUUCGAUGAUUAUGAGGUAAAAAUGAUGUCUUAUGAUAUACGAGUCAAGAUGCUCGAGAACCAAUACAACGAUCUCAUAAACCAAAACAAAAACCUAAAAGUACAACAUGGGGCACUGGAGCAACGUAUCACGGUUUUGGAGCAAGCACAACUUGCUAACCAGCUUGAGAUUUGUGGCAUCGCGGAGGAAGAAAACGAGAACCUAACGGAUAUCACCUCAAAAAUCUGUGAUACUUUUAAGCUCAAUCCUGAUAACAUCAUUAAAGCGUACCGCAAAAAAAGCUUCAAUAAAAAAACUCUAAGAAACCGCAGCCAGCAGCUAUCGUGA